AUGAAGCUGCUGUGCUUUUGUUUAUUAUCAGUCAUUCCAUCAUUAACUCUAUGUGGUCAGUACAAUUAUAAUUACAACGAUAAUUAUCAGACUAGACCAAAUAACGCUUACAAAUCGAAUCAGUAUAAUAACGUCAAUAAUUACAACAGUGAUAAUAAUAAUAAUUACAAUUAUAAUAAUAAUAAGAAUUAUAACUAUAAUGAUUAUUACGCUAAUCAAAAGCCAAGACAAGAAAAAUUAACACGAAGAUAUACAAUUGAAGGUGAAGCAAGGCAUACGCAUAAUAAACACGGAGAGAAUCAUUUAAAAGCGUUUGGCGCAAUGUUUGGUUUCGGUGAAACUUAUCAAACCUCUGAUUAUACACAAGCAACAACAUUUCAUAGUGGAAGUAUAUACGGGAAAAAUGGUAAAAAGCGUAAAUUUUCCACCUAUGAUACAGAAGGUGAAGUGAAACAUAAUCAAAAGUCGAAAGGAAGAGCCAAAUUGAAAAUGUAUGCUAAUCUCUAUGGUCAUGAAAGAGUUGAAGAUAAGAAAGAUGUUAAAGCUAUAGUAACUUAUGAAAAUGAUGGCAGUCCUAGUGAAGAUGAUGUAGCGAAUUAUUCGCCUACAGAACAUCCAUAUGGUAAAUUAGAAGAUUAUCAAACACCAAGUUAUACUUCAGACAAUACAAAGCUAAAAUAUUGA